AUAAUGGAAGUAAAUGGACAGAAUUUUGAGAACAUUACCUUUGUAAAAGCUCUGGAAAUCUUACGGAACAACACUCAUCUCUCCAUUACUGUAAAAACAAACAUUUUUGUGUUUAAGGAGCUGCUCUGCAGGAUAGGACAAGAGAAGAAUGGAAUUCCACAUAUUCCAAAAAUUGCAGAAAAGAAAAACAACCGUUACUCCAUCCCAGAUAUGCCUGGAGAUGUGGAACAGAUGUUUCCCCGUGAAAAAGGAAACAAGAAAAUGAAAGCAAACACUGUAUCUGGUGGGAGAAACAGAAUCAGGAAAAUUUUAGACAAGACCCGAUUCAGCAUCUUACCUCCAAAACUGUUCAGUGAUGGUAGUGUGAGCCAGUCGCAGGACGACAGCAUUGUUGGGACUCGGCAGUGCAGGCACAGCCUGGCCAUCAUGCCUAUUCCGGGAACACUCUCCUCCAGCAGCCCUGACCUGUUGCAGCCUACAACUAGCAUUCUGGAUUUCUCUAAUCCGUCAGCUGUUGGGUUUUACUAUAUUCCGGAUCAAGUAAUAAGAGUUUUCAAAGCCGAUCAGCAGAGUUGUUACAUUAUCAUCAGCAAAGACACUACAGCAAAAGAAGUUGUGAGUCACGCCGUCCACGAAUUCAACUUGACAGGAGCCCCGGAGACCUACUCCCUCUGCGAAGUGUCUGUCAGCCCCGAGGGAGUCAUCAAACAACGGAGACUCCCAGAUCAGUUCUCCAAAUUGGCCGACAGGAUUCAACUCAAUGGACGGUAUUAUCUGAAAAACAACAUGGAGACAGAGACCUUAUGCUCAGAUGAGGAUGCUCAAGAGCUACUGAGAGAAAGCCAAAUUUCCCUCCUACAGCUGAGCACCAUUGAGGUCGCCACUCAGCUUUCCAUGAGAGACUUUGAAUUAUUUCGCAAUAUUGAGCCUACAGAAUACAUCGAUGACCUUUAUAAGCUGGACUCCAAAACAGGAAAUGCUCACCUGAAACAGUUUGAGGAUGUCAUAAAUCAAGAGACGUUCUGGGUUGCCAUGGAAAUUUUAGCAGAGCCCAACCAACUCAAAAGAAUGAAGAUUAUUAAGCAUUUCAUUAAAAUUGCCCUCCACUGUCGAGAAUGCAAGAACUUCAAUUCCAUGUUCGCGGUUAUAAGUGGGUUAAAUCUAGCACCGGUAGCACGUCUCAGAGGCACUUGGGAAAAGUUACCAAGCAAGUAUGAAAAGCACCUCAGAGACCUUCAAGAUCUUUUUGAUCCAUCUCGAAACAUGGCAAAAUACCGCAACAUCCUUAGCAGCCAGAGCAUGCAGCCUCCAAUUAUUCCACUUUUUCCUGUUGUGAAGAAGGAUAUCACGUUUCUGCAUGAAGGAAAUGAUUCUAAAGUGGAUGGCUUGGUAAAUUUUGAGAAACUCAGAAUGAUUGCCAAAGAAAUUCGCCAAGUUGUCAGAAUGACCUCAGCAAACAUGGAUCCGGCUGUAAUGUUCAGACAAAGGAAGAAGAGGUGGAGGAGUUUGGGGUCCCUAAGCCAGGGCAGCACAAACUCGAACAUGCUGGAUGUACAGGGAGGCGCUCACAAAAAACGUGCCCGACGCAGCUCACUUCUGAAUGCCAAGAAGCUGUACGAGGAUGCCCAGAUGGCGAGGAAGGUGAAGCAGUACUUGUCCAACCUGAAUGUAGAGACAGACGAAGAAAAGAUCCAAAUAUUGUCACUUCAGUGUGAGCCUGCAUAUAGCACUUUGACAAAGAAUUUAAGUGAGAGAAGAGGAGCAAAAUCCUCAGAAAUGUCUCCAGUACCCAUGAGAUCAAUUGGCCAAACCACUAAAGCCCAUCAGCAUCAGCAAAACAGGAUGAGUCAAGUUCUUCAGGUUCCAACUGUGAAUUUAUACCCCAGUAGGAAAAAGGGACUGACAAAGGAUCAUGUCACAUUCAGUACAGGCUCCCCACAGAAGUCAUUAAGCUUGUCUGAGGAAGUAAGUAGUAAGAAACAAACAGAUGACACUAUGUCCAUGGCAUCUUCUUUGCACUCCAGCCCACCUGCUUCUCCUCAGGGCUCUCCACGCAAAGUUGGUAACAUCCAAAGGUCGGAUAACUGCAGUCAAAUGAAUCUCUCUGGCUCUUCCUCAUCCCUCGCCAGUGAAACCAGCAACAAGAACAGUGGACAGCGCAGCUACGGAAUAGGCUAUGCCCUCAUACCUUCCACUAAAUCUGAUAACUUCUCAGACUCCAGUCACAGUGAGAUUUCCUCCCGGUCCAGCAUCGUGAGCAACUGCUCAGUGGACUCGAUGUCGGCAGCGCUGCAGGACGAGAGGAGUUUGUCCCAGUCUCUCAUUGUGGUGGAUUCAGGAGGGGCAGAAAGAAAAGAGCAUCCUCAGCCGCUGGCUGAUUAUGGCCAGCCGUGCCCAGGCUGGUCAAUCACUAGGCCUGCUCUCAUCAGAGGGAUGGCUUUCACCUCCUCCAUGAGCAACGAGGAGAUCUCCCAUGAACACAUCACAGUAGAGGCAGCAGAUAGCGGCCGGGGAAGCUGGACUUCAUGCUCAAGUAGCUCUCAUGACAACUUCCAGAAUAUCCCAAACCAGAAGAGCUGGGAUCUCCUUAAUUCUUACCGUCACACCCAGCUGGACGGACCUAUAGCUGAAGUCGAUCCCACAAACUGUUACUCUGAGGAGGCUUAUUUGUACUCCGAAGCCUUUUCCAAGACCAACAGGCAGUCAAAAGCCAGCGUGGAGCUCGAUCAGUCUCGGCAGAGCUGGGCCUCCUCCAGCUCGCUGUCAGACACCUACGAAACAAACUAUGGGACAAUUAAGCGGAAAGGGCUGGAGAACUCUACAGCAGAGCAGACGGAGGUUUUGGACUCUAAACCAGGCGCUGAUACAACUUACAAAACUGUUACUUCGAGUACAGAAAAAGGCCUGAUAGUGUACUGUGUCACCUCACCUAAGAAGGACGAUAGGUAUAGGGAACCACCGCCCACCCCUCCGGGAUAUAUGGGGAUUUCUUUAGCGGACAUAAAGGAAGGAUCGCCCCACCACCCACACCUAAAACCUCCCGACUAUAGUGUGGCAGUGCAGAGGUCAAAGAUGCUGCACAGUGACCUCUCUAGACUUUCAUCAGCUUCUCUCGGUAGUGAACCGGUGGCCUGUAUUUCAUCGAAGAUGCCUCAGUGGCAUAGUCGGCAGCCGUCCAACCCCAAGCUAGCAGAUAUGACUGACGCAGAUAGUGAAGAGGAUGGUAUGUGCAACACCUGA